AUGGAUAAUAGUUUUGAAUGUGUUGUGCAUCAUGUGGGUGAGUUUAUUGAGUUUACAAAAUUAGGUUAUCAGAGGUUAUAUGAGGCAAUGGAUGAGAGACUUAACUGUAACCAAAAAGAAGAUGGGGGAUUUGACUAUAACCAGGACGAAGGUGUUGGCUUUGACUUCAAUCAGGCAGUGAAUGAGGGACUUGACUGCAUUCAGGAAGAAGAUGAGGGACUUGACUGCAUCCAGGAAGAAGAAUAG